GCCGUAAAUAUUUAUCAGCGCAGGCUUCUGACGGUGACAGAAGAAAAGAAACUAUAUUUUUUCAGCUAGUGUUUUUAGCACAAUUUUUCCAUAAUAAAACAAAAAUUAAAUAAUUAAUAGUCAUAUAAAGCAGCCAUAACAAUGCAGUACUACACGCUGGCGUUUGCCAUCCUGCUGGCAGUGGUGUGUGGGACUCAUUGCUUUUAUGUACCCGGAGUGGCGCCGGUAGAAUUUGUCAAGGGACAAAAAAUUGACGUUAAAGCAGUGAAAAUGACCAGUAGUCGUACCCAAUUACCUUAUCAGUACUAUUCGCUGCAAUUUUGUUUACCCAAAAAUGGUACUUUAAUCUAUAAAUCUGAGAAUCUUGGUGAAGUAUUGCGGGGUGAUCGUAUUGUCAAUACCCCCUAUGAAGUACAAAUGGCAGUAAAUAUCAAUUGUAAAUUGCUGUGCAACAAAAAGGACAAUAGCCCACUGAAUUGGGAGCAACCACAAUCGGCCAUGGUGGCCGAACGUAUAAAACAUGAGUAUUUUGUGCAUUUAUUGGUCGAUAACUUGCCAGUGGCAACACGCAUUGUCAAUCUAAAUAAUCCCAAUGAAGUGACGUACGAGCAUGGUUAUCGUUUGGGUCAAGUUGAUGGCGAUAAUGUGUAUAUAAACAAUCAUUUGAAAUUCAUUUUAUCAUAUCACAUGCACACCAAAGAUAAAUAUCGCGUAGUGGGUUUUGAAGUAGAAACAGCUUCUGUUAACUAUAAAGAUAUUAAAUUUGAGGGCGACAAUUGUAAUUUUCCCGAUAAUGCUCGUCCUCAGUUGGUUAAUGGUAAUUCCAAUACUCAGCUAUACUUUACCUAUUCGGUGGAGUGGAAAGAGUCCAAAGUUAGUUGGGCUUCACGUUGGGACAUCUAUUUGGGCAUGAAAGAUGUACAAAUUCAUUGGUUUAGCAUUAUCAAUUCUUUGGUAGUGGUUUUCUUCUUAUCGGGUAUUUUAACUAUGAUUAUGAUACGUACCCUAAGACGUGAUAUAGCUCGCUAUAAUACCGAUGAUAAUAUCGAAGAUACUUUGGAGGAAACUGGUUGGAAAUUGGUACAUGGUGAUGUAUUCCGUCCACCGAAAAAUACCCGCUUCUUUUCUGCUGUUAUUGGCAGUGGCAUACAGAUAUUUUUUAUGGCUUUAAUAACAAUAUUUUUUGCUAUGUUGGGUAUGUUGUCACCCUCUUCCCGCGGUGCUCUCAUGACUUCUGGUAUUUUCAUGUAUGUUUUUAUGGGCAUAAUUGCUGGUUACUUCGCUGCUCGUCUCUAUAAAACCAUGAAAGGACGUGAAUGGAAAAGAUCGGCCUUCCUUACAGCCACUUUAUAUCCCAGCAUAGUAUUUGGAACUGGUUUUUUCCUUAACUUCUUUAUCUGGGACAAAGAAUCAAGUGGAGCUGUACCCUUUAAGACUAUGAUCUCUUUACUUUUAUUAUGGUUUGGCAUUUCCGUGCCUCUUGUGUAUUUGGGCUACUAUUUCGGUUAUCGCAAACAACCGUAUCAGCAUCCAGUACGUACAAAUAUGAUACCAAGACAAGUACCAACACAACAUUGGUAUAUGAAUGCAAUAUUAAGUACUCUAAUGGCUGGUAUUUUACCAUUUGGUGCUGUAUUUAUAGAAUUAUUUUUUGUUUUCACUGCCAUUUGGCAGAAUCAAUUUUAUUAUCUAUUUGGUUUUCUAUUUUUGGUAUUUUGUAUACUGGUAGUAAGUUGUGCCCAAAUUUCCAUAGUCAUGACAUAUUUUCAAUUGUGUGGAGAGGAUUAUCGUUGGUGGUGGCGUAGUUUUAUUGUUUCGGGUGGCUCCGCUGUUUAUGUGCUAUUCUAUAGUAUAUUUUAUUUCUUUACUAAACUGGAAAUUACCGAAUUUAUACCCACUUUAUUGUAUUUUGGUUAUACCAGUCUUAUGGUUUUAACAUUUUGGCUUUUGACAGGGACAAUUGGUUUCUUUGCCGCCUAUAGUUUUAUACGUAAAAUCUAUAGUGCUGUAAAAAUUGAUUGAUUUCAUUAUAAUUAUCAUCAUACAACCCGCCAACAUAAACUAAAAAAAAAACAUUCAAAAUUUUCAACACAACAACAACAAUAAAUUCUACGGUAUUCUAAUGUAACCAAAAACAAAAAAAAAAGCAAACAACUUAAAUCCAAUCCAAAUGCAAUUGAAUACAACCUAUAAACUCUUGUAUUUUAUACAAUAUUUCUUCUACAAUUUUUAGUUUUAUAAAUUAGUUUCUUUUUAAAUUUAUACCUAACUUUAUGUUUAAGUAAAUUAAUUACUUUAAUUAAUUUUAUAGUUAUUUUAUUAUUAUUUAAUAUUAAUUUAAUGUUCCCUUCUAAUUUCUCUUUCUAUUCUAUUCUUGCUAAUUUUAAGCGUAUUUUUCUGUUUGUUUUAUUAUUUAUAUAAAAAAGAAAAACUAAAAAAAACGACAAUUCUCAAUAUUUAAACAUAAAAGCUCAAUUUGUAAAUGAAAAAUUGGCUUUUUUGUUUUUAGUUUAUAACAUUUUUAAUCUUAGGUCACAUCUCUAAUUGCUAAGUUAAAAUGAGAAUAAUAAUGAUAAACAAACUAAGAAUAA